AUGAACAACUGGGUCGAGUCCUACCUGGACGCGCUGCUCUCCGCCGGCCUUUCGACGGAGGCGGCGCGCAAGGCGGCGGAGUCGGAGCAUGGCGCCCCAGAUGACGUGGACGGCGACUCAAACGUUGCAGCCAAGUACUUCACCCAGCAGAUCCUUGCGAUGGACGAGGAUCUUUCCAGACCCCAUGGGAUAUGA